GAAAUUAAAAUAUGAGAAGAGAGAUUGGGUUGGUUUGAUUAAUAUUAGUGAUAGAAAAACGUGGUCGGAACAGAAGCUAUUGACAUGGUGAUUCCAGAAAUGUCCACCUUAGCCUCCUCGAACCAAACCUUCCUCACCAACGCCCUCACUCCACUUACCCACAACCCAAAGUUGAGGAUCAGAACUGUUACUAUCCCUUGUCUCAAAACUCUAUGUUGCAGUUCCCCACAACAAGCUCCAAGGGAGAAGGAGAAGAAUGAGAACAAGUUGGGAAAGCUGGUAAUAGUUGCAGUGGCUGCUGGGGUCUUAACACUUGGCUCAGUUCAUGAUGCAUCUGCCGCCAAGACUGGUGGCAGAAUUGGUGGCCAGGCCUUCAAGUCACCGCCUCCCCGCUCUGGACCAAGAAUCAACAAUUCCAGGACCAAUAUCUAUAUCAAUCCUCCAGUGGCACCUCCUCUUGUUGGUGGUUAUGGCUAUGGUUAUGGUUCGCCAUUCUACGGUGGCUGGGGAUGGUCUCCGUUUUCAUUCUUUGCACCAGGUCCCAGUGUAGCCGUAGGCGUUGGAGGUGGAUUUGACACUAUUCUUCUCUUUAUGUUUCUUGGUGCUGCUGCGGCAGUUUUCAGGAGAUUCUUUGGGUCAAGAAAUGAAGAUGAUGACUACUAAAGAGAUAGAGUGCGUUAAGUCCAUGUAUAGAAGAAUGCCAGAGUCACCAAUUAAUUACUUUCAUGUGUAUUUUGAGAUAUUAUACUUGAAUUUACAUCCUUGUUACACGGGGUGAAAUGAAGCAAUAGAGAUACAUCAUACUCAUUCAAGGAAAGUCUUCAUUUACACUAGUUUUACGAGAAUUAAGAAACUAGAUGUUUGUUUCAUAUAUUCCAAUUGAAAUGUAAGAAGAAUGGUUUCCUUGGA